AUGCCCCUUUUCCAGCGACGACAGCCCGGCCCCGCGAGCCAGCAGCCAGCCCUGGACCCCUCUUCUCUCCCUACCACUUCUGUCAUUCAGAAUCCAAUUCAGAUGCCUCCAACCGAGAUGAAUGGCAUCAACGAGUCCCCCUCGGGAUGCUCUUUAUAUGAUCAAUACGACAUCAGAGAAGUGCUGGGGACUGGCGCCUUUUCCAGAGUAAAUCUGGCGGAAUGCAGGUUUGAUCCGGGCCAUAUGGUGGCCGUCAAAUGCAUCGACAAAAAAGCCCUCAAGGGAAAAGAGGAAUCACUCGAAAACGAAAUCAAAGUUCUCAGGAGGUGGGGAUUACUAUUUUAACAAUCAGAUUACAUGUAUAGUAUAACAAAGUAAUUAUUUCAGACUCCGACAUCCUAAUAUAGUCCAGUUAUACGAUACUUUCGAAGAGAAAGGCUAUGUCUACCUCGUGAUGGAGUUGGUGACGGGUGGAGAACUGUUUGAUCGGAUUGUGGCCAAGGGAUCAUACACUGAGAGGGAUGCCUCCAACCUGAUCCGACAAGUCCUCGAAGCUGUGGCCUUUAUGCAUGACAAUGGUGUCGUUCAUCGAGAUCUGAAGCCAGAGAACCUUCUCUAUUACAACAACGACGAGGAUUCCAAGAUUAUGAUCUCAGAUUUUGGUCUUUCGAAGACCGAGGAGUCUGGAAUCAUGGCCACAGCAUGUGGAACACCCGGUUAUGUAGCGCCAGAAGUCCUUCAACAGAAGCCUUAUGGGAAAGCGGUGGAUGUGUGGUCGAUUGGAGUGAUUGCCUAUAUAUUACUAUGUGGAUAUCCUCCAUUCUAUGACGAGAAUGACGCCAACCUGUUUGCUCAGAUCAUCAAAGGAGAAUACGAAUUCGAUUCUCCAUAUUGGGACGACAUCUCGGAGAGUGCCAAGGAUUUCAUCAGCCAUCUGAUGUGUUGUGAUCCCACCAAGAGAUACAGUUGUCGUACUGCUCUCCAUCAUCCAUGGUAUGUUUGUUUUAUUAACGCCUUAUUUACUCAUUAAUGCUGUUUGUAAUGUCGUUCUUUUGCAGGAUCAGCGGAAACACCGCCGGGACCAAGGAUAUCCACAUCUCGGUGGCCACGCAUCUCAAGAAGUCCUUGGCCAAGAGAAAAUGGCGCAAGGCUUACAACGCGACCGCGGCCAUUCGCCAGCUGCAACUCCGCCUUUCCUCCGCCCGCAUUGCCCAUUCUUGA